GCCCGCAACGUACGGAAGAAAAUCGUGCGCAGACGCUAUUAAGUAACGCUUCACUUUAGAACGAAACUUUGAAAAUUUUUCGCAACUUCUUCCUCAUUAUUUACCAUUUAUUUUCAAUAUUUUUCCAUUAUUAUCAAUCAAAUUUAUCAACAAAAAACAGUUUUAGAUAAAAUUCAAAUUUUGUGUGGGAAUUUUUCCAGUGAAAAGUAAAAGAAGAAGAAGAAGAAAGAUUGAAAGUAAAAUCGGCGAGUUUUCGUGACAGUGCGAAGUAAAAGGGAUUAAAGUGAACUUUUGAAAAGUGUAAUAAUUUUAAAAUCAGGAAAAGAGAUUUUUUUUUGAAAAAAGAAGCUUAAGUGAGGAUUAAAGAUAAAUUUUUAAUAAAAUCUCUUUUUCUUUUGGCCUCGUUGAGUUCUUCGCGAUUGGAUUUGAAAAACGAAAGGAAAGUGAAGAUUAUAAACAGUGAAAGAGGAAAUAAUUUAUCUCAUAAGCCACACAAAUAUCAAGAAUUUUCCAUUUCGAAAGAAAAGAACGUGUCUUCUGAUUGAUUUCCAGGUAACAUAAAAAUAAAAUAAUAUUGCAUGUAAUUAAAAACAAUUUGUAUUAAAUUUAUGACGAAAUGAUAUUCAGAUGGGCCGAAAAAGAGAGAAGUGAACGACGAAAAAUAAUAGAACGUUAUUUUAGAGGAAGUGAUACUUUGGAUUACUAAGUGAAUAGUUUUCGAGUGUUACUCUUUUAAUUGAGAGUCAAGUGAGAAUAAGUUAGAGUUGGAGAGGAUUUUAAGAGUGAUGUUUUCUUCUAUCAGUGAUUAUACAGUUCAUUAAUUAAUUGAUUUUAUUGAAAUUUAUGAUCUAAUGUGAGAAAGCUACAUUUAUCGUUGAAAACAAUUAUUAGAUUCGUGGAAUAAAAAAAUUGUUACAAGUUUUCAGCAAUAAAAAUAAUAAAACUUUAACAACAUUGUUUUAUGGUUUAUAACAGUAAAAGUAAUUUGAGAAAAAUUAUAAUCAUUUUUUGUCAGUGAUAAUUGUGUUAAACUUGACAAAAUUAAAACGGGUUUUUGGUCAUCGCAACAAUGACGGAAGGAGAAUUUUAAGUUAUGAGCAAUGUAUUCAGUGGAACUUGCUCAAUGGUGCUUCUAAAUUGUCUAGGAAGGUUGCCUAUCAUCAAAUUAGCAAGCACUAUUACUGCUUCGUUUGUGAAAACAAAAUUAUUCAAAAUGGGCUCUGUUCAAAGACACACAAAUUUGCAACUCAACAUGAUGUUCGUUAUAAUCGGAUUUCUAAGCUUCUUCAGUUCCAUUGGAAUCACCAGUUGCGCACCAGUAGAAAACGAAAAUCGUCGAAAACCUUUAUCAGAACAACUUAAAACUGAAGGAGUUGGAAAUCCCAGUGAAUUAGCAUGGCAAGCGUGGUUGCUUAUUGAUAACGAUAAGAGAAAUAGUAAUGGUGAAAAUCUUGAUUCCGCUAGUCUUUUACGGAGAAUAACACCAAAAAGUAUUUUUAUUGCACCACCUUUGCAAGCAUGUGCUGAAGGUUACCAACCAGAUGCAAUGAACAGAUGUGUGAAAGAUAUAAACAUAAACCAAGAAGCACACAUUGAUUUUCUUCUUCAACGUUUAAAUGCAAUGUAUGCUAAUUUCGGAAACCUACCACCACCACCGCCACCACCACCAAAAUCCGAUACAUCUUCAGCAUCAUCAGGACCUUUCCAAGUUCACAUUCCUCUUUUUGUUGAUACUGAUCACAAAGAAACAACAAAAAAGGAAAAUACUAAAAACUCAGAAAAAAAACCUUCACUUUCUAAAGAAGAAAAUACGGAAAAAGAAAGUGAGAGACCAGAUGAUAAGAAAGAGGCUGUUUUGACAAUUUAUGAGGAUGUGAAAAAUGAAAGUACUGGAAUUGAACAAUUGAUUCCUGUCAUGGAAUUCGUUGAAGAAAUAGAUUCGAAUUUUUCUGACAUUCUCGAUUUUAAAUCACAAACGGUAUAUGACAAAGUUUCCAAUAAAUCUGAAAAUGAUAAUAAUAAUAAUAAUAAUAAUAAUAAAACAGAAAAUAUUGGAGAAACAAUCGAAAAUAAAGUCAAUAAUACUGAUCAAAUAUCAAACUCAUCUGGAGAUUCUAUUCAUCCGACUUUAUUUCUUUUAUUACCUCCAACGAAUUCUUCCAUAGCGAAUUUAACAGACGAUAUUAAAAUAAAUAAUAAUGUCAGUUUAAAAAGGGUUGAAAUAAAUUUUGAAAGGAAAAAUAAUGAAUCAGUAAAUGAAGAUAUUAUUAGAAUUAAAUUUCCACUAACAACUACAGAACCUUCAACAACUUUACCACCGAUAAAAUUAAUUCUAAAUGUCUCAGAAUCAUUAGAAAAUUCUACUGAAGUUGAAACUGAAGUUUAUGAUGACGGUAAUGAGUAUACAACAGAAUCUAGUACAGGAUAUACUACAGAGAAAGAAGACGUCUUUCAAGAUCAGACAGAAGAAUACGAAGAAUCGACAGAAAAUGAAGAUGAAAUUCUGAAACACAGCGAAGCAGGAUCAAUGGUAACUUAUUCUCCCACUAAGUUUCCUCAUAUUAAGACAACUUUUGUAGAAAAUAAAGAAAAUGAAAGUAAAAUUUCUGGAGAAGUUACUGUUAGUAAAGAUUUUAUCCGCGAAACAACUUUAGUGGGUUUAAAUAUUGAUAAAAUCAAUAAAGAUAUUAAUAAUAAUAACAAAAAUAUUGAUAAAAAUAUCAAUAACAAUGAAAAAAAGAUUUCAAAUAACAAAAAUGACUUGGAGAAAAAUCCUGAUGACAAUAAAUAUCAAGAUAAACUAAGUACUGUUGAGGCAACAACACCAUGGAGUACUACACUGCACGAAACUACUACUGAAGAAAGUACUGGAAGAUUAACAACUUUUCCAAUACCAACUGUAAAUCAAGUAUCUUUAAUGGAUAAUAGUCCAGGUGUUCUGAGUAUUGAAGAAGCAAUGGAAAAAGAAAGUAUGUCGCCGAAAACACCCACCAUAAGAUCAUCAAUGACACCAGAUAUAAUUCCUCCUCAAAAUACUAGUGAAGUUGAAAUUUUCUCUAAGAUAUUAAACUCUAAACCAUCAGAAACAAUGACAGCAUCUUCUUCAAAUACUGCAGAAAUGUUUAUGCCUCAAAAAUCAAUAGAUACUGAUGUUCAACAAAAGCCUUCGAAGCCUGUAUUUAAUCUUCAGCAAAUGGCAUUCAAAUUUCCUUCAACAUCUGUAGAACAAAUGAAUGCUUAUAAUUAUUACGCAGGUCCUCAAGCUUAUUCAAAUUAUCGAUAUCCAGUUCAAAAUAAUAAUCGAUUUGUACUGAAGCCAGCAAAUAGUCAGAAAUCAGAUUCAGUUAAAAAUUUUGACUUGAAAAGAAAAGAUUAUGCAAAUUAUCAGAGUCCAGCAUUCUAUCCAAUAAGAAAUAGAGAUCAUGUGAAAUUCCCUACCUUUACCCAGCCCCAAACCCAGCCAAAUUAUGUAAGAUUUCCUUCUCAGCAAGCUAAUAGUAUCCAUACAUCAAAUGAUUUCAAGGAAAAAAAUUACCAACAUCAGUAUUCUCAACCGGCAUAUCAUUUGUUGAUGAAACCACCUUAUUGGCCGGUCGCAUCAAAUUACAGAACGAAUCGACAACAAUCACCUCAGAGGGUGGUUUCAGGAUACCAAAACGAUAGAAAAAAACAAGAUCGAUCGUCAUCCGUUCUCGGAUUCUGGACUCGAAUGCCUCUUUUUCAGGAUCCGACUUUUGUUCAACAACAACAAAAACAACAACAACAACAAUCAAAUCCCCUUGAUAAAAAUGAUUCUUUAGAAAUAGAUCCAAGAAUUAAUGCAGCAAGAAGAAUAAGUUAUUACAAAGAAUUGUCGCCACCAAAUGGUACUCGGUCAUAUGCACGAAGUACACCUGUUAGACGUUGAAAAAUGUCGUAGGAAUAAUUAUUUUUAGGUUUAAUUAGCAAGGUUUCGUUGCGAAAAAUUAUGUAUCAAAAAUUAAAAUAAAAUUAUGAAAUACAGGGUUGUAUUACAUAAAAAAUGAUUAAUUAAGUCUACCAGUUAACGAUAUAAUGAGGCUUUGAUUUAUACAAAAUGUUACUUUAAUUAUGAAAAAAUUUAUUUAUCAUUGAUGAUGUUUAAAAUCAUGAUUAAAUUUUUUUGAACAUCAGAACAUACUCUCUAAUAGAAGUGUUUCUCUGAUUUUCGUUUGAAAUUUUUUACUUUUGCAAAUUUUUGAUUAUUGAAAAUAAUUAUACGACAAUUUAAUCAUUGAACAAGAAAAAAAAGUCGAUUAAACAUAUAUCGAUUUCAAAUCUGUUCAUGCAGUGAUUAUGAAGAAAGUUUAUGUUCAAUUAGACUCAAUGUAAUCACUAACAGUAAUCAAAUCCCUAAUUGGUAUAUCUAUCUAGACAUAACUAAAAUUGAAAAUUAUUCAUAAAUUAAAUAAUUUCUUAUGAUUGAAAAUUAUGAAUUGAAAAAAAAUGAAUUCCUGAAUUUCAUAACAAUCUAUUUAGAGUUAAAUAUACAAGUGUUCAUUGUUAAAGCUUGAUUAUAAAAAAUACGCUGGGAUAGCAGUUUCAUCCAUUACUCAUUAAACACUGUUUUUUAUUAAUUACAGCACCUGUAUUACAUAUGACCAUGAAAGUUAUGUAUUUAUACGCUUGCAUUUGAACACAAUGAAACUCAGAAUUAUAAAUAAAAUUUCAAACAGUAAUACUCAUAGCAAUAAUGAAAUAGUAAAAUAUUAAUUAAUAUAUAUAUAUAAAAUUUUUCGUAGUCAUAUUAAAUACAGGUUUUUAAAAAAAAAACUUAAUAAGUUUGCUCAGCACGAAUCCUUGUCUUUGAAGACUGAUAUUGUAAAAAGAACCUUUUGUUUAGUUCUGUAUAAACAAACAGAAAACAUAGCAUUAUAUAGAUAGUUCUUAAUUAUUAUCACUGUCAUUAAUGAAUAAUACAAUUAAUAAAUAGUAAAUAUAAUUAUUAUUUAGUAUUAAAUUAGCGAAAAUUUCCAGCGUAUAGUUUAAUUAAAUAUUUCUUUAUUUUUUCAAUUAAUUUAUACAAUCUGUAUAUACUAUUAAAAGAUAAAGCAUUUGAUAGAAUACAAUAUCCAGAAGCAUUUAAAUAAUUAUAAUUUUUUGUAUUUUUAUCUUUGGUCAAUGCUUUAUUCUUUAAUCGGAUUACAUUAAAUAAUUAUUGUGAAAAUGACGUCUUCAAUCUGUUGACUUUAUAACAGGUGUCGAUGAAUUAUAAUAAAAAUUUUAAAUACAGGAUGAAAAUUAUUUAGAGACGCUUGUAAAAGUAAUUUUCAAAAUGCAUACCUACUCACAUUCAUAUACAUAUAUAUCGAUGCAUACUUUUUUUAAAAUGACUGAUUUCUGUAUACCGUUUUCUAUUAACUAUUCAGCAUUUUAUGCAACAACAUAUUUAAUAAAUUAUAAUGAUAAUAAAUAAUGAAAUCGAUUAAUUAGAUUGCCAAAUCUAUGAAUUUACCUAUAAAAUGUCAAAAUAUC